AUGCGUGUACUUCAGCGGUUAGAGUUGUCAUGCGACGCACUUAGUCUCGCGUUCUAUCCAACGCUCCGUGCAAAGUUUGCGAUCAGUCUCCUCUCCGUGCUUAUUACAAACAUCGUUUUAGUGGAAGACUACGUCGGAAUCAUCAGUGAUGAGGAGAAAAAAGAGGAUCCUUUCCUUGUUAUUCCAAAAUUUGAUCGAGUAGCUGUACUUCUGUUGUUCUAUAUGUGGUGGCUGUUAUGUGGUGUUGCCAGCACAGAAGGCUUAGCUGCACCGAUUACAAUUGCUAUGUAUAAUUGGACACAUGAAGAAGCGAUUCUUUACAAUGGUAUCGUACAAGUCAUCGCUUGUGGUGUCUCCACAAUCACAUACACCGUUAUCGGUUCAACUAGAGUGGGAACUUGGGAUCGCAGAUUAGUACUCGCUAUGGGAUUGUCAGGAUUCUUCUUCUUUCAUUUUUGUCAUUAUCCAAUGCCAUUCUAUGAAGGCCCACUCACAAGACCACUUAUCAUAAACGGCACAGUGCCUCCUGCUGCUGGAGGAUGUUCGUACGCGUAUGAAUGGUGUGAAUACACACCCAGGGUACCGAUGGCGUUGUAUCUCUUCAAUUUUUCAGUUGUUCUUGGAAUGUCUUAUCCACUCAUCUCAGCACCAUGUAAUACAUUAUUGUCCGAAAUUAUCGGACCGCGCAAACAGGGAGCAAUUCAAGGACUAUUUGCUUUCACUGGUAGUAUGGCUCAAUUCAUCGUGCCUAUAUUUUCAACGAUUUUAUUCGAACAAUCGGGUUACAAAUAUAUCAUGGUCUAUCAUAUGACUCUUAUAAUACUGGCUGCACUAAUGGCGUUUCUGCUACGAAAACGUCUUGUACCAUUGGAAUUAAUCCCGACUGCAGGCAAAGCGAUAAAGUAUAAACGGGGAACUUUCUAUCGUAUGUGA